AUGUCCUUGCCCUGGAAACUUCAAGAGACGUUCUCGCCUGAAGAGAUCCAAUUUAUUGUGGAAAAUGAGCCUAUAAAGAUUUUUCCCAGGUUUACCACCAGAUCGAAGGUCCGGGGUAAUCGUGGUAAUAAAACAGGCCAAACUCGUUGGAAACUCUUGACGGCAAGCGAUGAGCCUUUGAACAACCUAGUGGCUAUCCAGACUACCGAAGUAGCAUUUUGGAUAGCGUUGUUACUGAAGCAACAAGGAAAAUGUAGUAUAGUGGCACCAGGGUGGUUGCGACUUACACAGCUGCAGAGAUUCAUUGACUACGAACUGAAAAACACUGAGCGAUUCAGCGAACUUCCGUGGAAUUGGCUAGUGGUGGCACAAUUAUUGUUUUCCAAAGCGGCUGACGAUUUGCAAGAUCCGGUACAUUUGCUGCGCGGGAAAGUACAGGAUUUGCGCGAAAUUCGAUUAGGCAAAAUAGGACAAGGUCUAAAGCAUUUGAACGAAUCGCAUUUGCAAUUGGACAAUUUGAGUUUGUUGGAGAUCAAUGAGCUGCGACCCUUUGUGCUGGGCGUCAUGAACAAACUAAAGCAAGUGCAUGGCAGCAUAGCAGACGAGCAAGAAGAAGAGCAGUAG